CGCGCACAAGUCCACCAACCGAUGGAACUCUUCCUUCAGGUAUCCUCCCUCCCUUAACUCUUCAAAACAGAAACGCGCAAAUCUCGUUCGAACAUUUCGGUUACGCAAGUAGUAGCAUAUCUCUUAGGGCCCAACGGAGACUCAGGUUCGCUGAUUUUUGAUCGGACGGCGGGGGAGAAGAUGAGCGUGAGCGCGAAGAAGACGCCGGCGACGAGGACACGUGUCGGGAGGUACGAGCUGGGUAGAACCCUGGGUGAGGGUACCUUUGCCAAGGUCAAGUUCGCCAAGAACCUCGAGACCGCUGAAAACGUUGCCAUCAAAAUCCUCGACCGCGACCAAGUCUUCCGUCACAAGAUGGUCGAACAUCUAAAAAGAGAAAUUUCCACAAUGAAGCUGAUCAAACAUCCAAAUGUUGUAAAAAUUUUUGAGGUUAUGGCAAGCAAAUCAAAGAUCUACAUCGUUCUGGAAUUUGUUGGUGGCGGCGAGCUCUUUGACCAAAUAGCCAAACAUGGGAGACUUAAAGAGGAUGAUGCCGGGAGAUAUUUCCAGCAGCUUAUUAAUGCUGUGGAUUACUGCCACAGUAGAGGCGUGUACCACAGAGAUUUGAAGCCUGAGAAUCUUCUUUUGGAUUCAUAUGGUGUUCUUAAAGUUUCAGAUUUUGGAUUGAGUGCAUACUCACAGCAAGUACGGGAGGAUGGGCUGCUUCACACUGCCUGUGGAACCCCGAACUAUGUUGCUCCCGAGGUGCUAAAUGAUAAAGGUUAUGACGGUACAGCAUCUGAUAUUUGGUCUUGUGGGGUCAUUCUCUUUGUGCUUAUGGCUGGGUACUUGCCAUUUGAUGAACCAAAUCUCAUGGCUUUGUAUAAAAAAAUUUGCAAGGCUGAUUUCACAUGUCCAUCAUACUUUUCACCUGGUGCGAAAAAACUGAUACAGCGUGUUCUUGAUCCAAACCCUCUUACACGGAUAACGAUCCCUGAAAUCUUAGAAGAUGAAUGGUUCAAGAAAUGGUACAAGCCAGCAUACUCUGAAGAGGAGCAAAAUGUAAAUCUUGAUGAUGUAGAUGCUGUAUUCAAUGACUCGGAGGAACAUCUUGUUACAGAAAGGAAGGAGAGACCUGUUUCCAUGAAUGCAUUUGAGCUUAUAUCUAGGUCCCCGAGUUUUAAUCUUGAAAAUUUGUUUGAGAAGCAGAAGGGUCUUGUGAAGCGAGAAACCCGUUUUACUUCCCAGUGCCCUGCAAAUGAAAUUAUGUCUAAAAUUGAGGAAGCUGCAAAGCCUCUUGGCUUUAAUGUUAAUAAGCGAAACUACAAGAUGAAGUUGAAAGGUGACAAAACUGGAAGGAAGGGCCACCUUUCUGUAGCAACUGAGGUGUUUGAGGUGGCUCCAUCCCUGCACAUGGUAGAACUCCGAAAAACGGGUGGUGACACAUUGGAGUUUCACAAGUUCUACAAAAGUUUCUCGUCUGGAUUGAAAGAUAUAAUGUGGAACACUGAAGAAAAUACUGAAGAAAAUCUGGAUCGAAAGAUAUAGUUUGGAACACUGAAGAAAAUACUGAAGGAUUUCAGUCAGAAGAGGACCUUCUGAUUAUUUAGCCUGUUGUGCAUUUUAAUCUGAGUACUUACAACGACGCAUAGCGGCCCAUGGAAGAUAUUGAUGUGUCGCUUGAAAAGGUCCUUGGUGGGCAAUAUGAAACCGCGCCUGAAUUAGGAGUUUGUUCUUCUUUUUUAUUUUUUAUUAUUUCGAUGAAUUCUAACCAUUCAUCGUUUUACAAUUUGAUAGUUCAUAAGAUUGCACAAGUGAGAAAAAGCCUCAACUUAUUGCAAUGGAGAAAUAGACAUUGUAACAGGAUAACUUUUUGCUUCUUGAAUGAGCAAUUAUUGUCACCAAAAAGAAUGGAUAACAUGGAUUUUUUUUUUUCUUUUAAUCAGCACAACUUUUACUA